AUGGCAAAGUAUAUUCCAUUAGUUAAAACUGAAUGUGAAUUGUAUAUUGAUGAGGAGAGUACUUUAAUUAAACUUUCCCCUAAUGAUAUUAAAAAUGAUAAUAAUAAUAUUUGUAAUAUCUCCCCAACAAACUCUUUAAAUGUUAAUAAUUUGAAUAUUAAUGAAGAUAUUCCAUCAAAAUAUCCUGAUAAUAUUAUACAAAAUUGUAUUAAAAAAUGGUCCAUCUCAACAAAACCACCUGAUGUCUCAUUUUUAGUUAAUAUUAUCCCUCAAAAUGUUAUUGAAGAGAAUACAAAAAAGAUAUCUACUGAUACUUUCAAAAGUAUAUCCAAUAGUUCUUUUAAAAGAAAACCCACCAUAACAGAUUGUGUAGAAAAUAAAUAUUUAAUUGAUAUAACAGCUCGCCUUCAAUAUGGUGAAGAAAAAGGAUUUAAAUCUAGAUUACAGGAAUAUUUUUUAGUAAAUUAUAAAUCAUCAUUACGUAUAAGAACAUUUAAUUUUUUGAUAAAAGUUUUAUCAUGUAUAUUAUAUUGUGUUCGUGUUUUAAAUGAUGAAGGAAAUUUAUAUGAUAAAAAAAAUAACUAUAAUUUUUCUGAAUAUCAUGAUUUAUUUUGGGUUGAUAGAAGUCAUACAUUAUGGAUAUUACAAACAAUUGUGGCAUUUUUUUCAAUUAUUAAUACAAUUAUUUAUUUUAUAAUAACAUAUAAAGGAAGUAUAAUAAGACUAUUAUUAAAUAUUCAUUUUCUUUUGGAAUUAGUAACAAGUUUUCCUUUGGUUGUUUCUGUUUUUUUAAAAACUGGAAGAGAAAUUUAUGUACCAAUAUUUUUAAAUUGUUGGUUAGCCAAUGGAAUUCUUAAUGCUAUUUUAAAUGAUAUUAAUCGUGUUUCAAAUGUAAAACAUUCUGCUGUAUCACGACAAUAUAUCAUUUUACUUUCAACAUUAAUAUGCCUUGUUUUUACUGGAACAUGUGCCAUUGAACAUCUUCAACGUGCUGGUAAAAAUAAGCUUGAUUUAUUUACAAGUUUUUAUUUUAUUAUUGUAACUUUUUCAACUGUUGGUUAUGGUGAUGUAAUUGUAGAUACAAAAAUUACAAGAUUAAUUGUUGUAUCAUUAAUUGUUGCUGCUAUUAUUAUUAUUCCAUCAAAAGUUGAAACAUUAGCACAAACAUAUUUAGAACAUAAAAGAACUGGUGUUGAUUGUACACAAGGAUUUACUCAAGGUGAUAAACAUGUUGUUGUUACAAUAACACAUUUUGAGGCAGAUUUUUUACAAAAUUUUUUAACAGAAUUUUAUGCUCAUCGUGAACAUCAAGGAUUUAUUGUAGUAUUAUUAUCACCAGCAGAAUUAGAUGAUAAAACAAAACUUUUACUUAAAAUUCCUUUAUGGUCACAACAUGUUGUCUAUAUACGUGGAUCAGCAUUAAAAGAUGAAGAUUUAGAAAGGGCAAAAUUAUCUACAGCUGUAGCAUGUUUUAUAUUAUCAGCACGUCAUAUAAAUAAUAAAGUAAUCACUGAUGAACAUACAAUUUUAAGAUCAUGGGCUGUAAAAGAUUUUGCCCAACACGUCCCACAAUAUGUACAUAUAUUUAGACCAGAAACAAAAUUACAUAUUGAAUAUGCUGAAGUUAUUAUAUGUGAAGAUGAAUUUAAAUAUUCACUUCUUGGUAAUAAUGCUAUAGUUCCUGGUUUAUCUACAUUUAUUACACUUCUUUUUCAUACAUCACGUGGUGAGGAAGGCCAAAAGUCACAAGAACCAUGGCAUAAAAUAUUUGGUUUUCAUUCUGGUAAUGAAAUUUAUGAUAUAAGAGUUGGAGAUUCAAGAUUUUUUGGUGAUUAUAUUGGAAAAAGUUUUGUUUAUGCAUCUUUUUAUGCUCAUAAAAGUUUUGGUGUAUGUUUAAUUGCUGUAGAAAGUUCUGAUGGAGAAAUAAAAUUAAAUCCUGGAAAUAGACAUAUUUUAGAAGUUGAUGAUAGAGUAUUUUAUAUUGCAUUAACUAAUGAAGAAUCAUUAAGUAACUUUAAAAAAGAUAUUAAUAAACAAAGAAGAAAUAUGAACAAAACACUAUCUAUAGCACAACCAAAAAAGAUUAUAGAUUAUGAUGAAAUUGAAAAACAAACACAAAUUAAUCAACAAAAAAUAAAAUUAAAAAAAACAUUACUUCAAAAAGCUAAAGCUAUAACUACAUUUAAAUUAGAGUCACCACAAACUGUAAGAAAUAGUUCAAGUACUGAAAUACCAAAUAUUGAUAAAGUUACAGGAUAUGAUGAACCAUCUAGUGAUGAGGAAGAAGAUUUCUUAAAAGAUGAUGAUGAUUAUCUUCGUAAUGAAAUUAUUAAAACUUAUCCACCUGUAACUGUAUAUAUAGGAACAGCUCCAGUAGUAUGUCAUAUGUUAAAAAAACAAAGACCAAUAUGUUGUCUACAAAUUGCUGAACCAUGUGAACAUUGUAAUUUUAAAACAGCAAUUGAAUAUAAUUUUCCAUCAAAAGCAAUAAUAGUUGCAGUUGAUAAAACAUCAUCUGGAUUAUAUAAUUUAAUAAUUCCAUUACGAGCAUAUUAUAGACCAGUUGAAGAGUUACAUCCAAUAAUAUUAUUAUUAGAAUUAAAAGAUACACAAACACCAAAUCCAGCAUUUUUAGAUGCUAUUUCAUGGUUUCCAAUGAUUUAUUGGAUGCAUGGUAAAAUUUCAAAUCUUGAAAAUUUACUUAAAGCUGGUGUUUGUAAUGCAAAUAGUAUUAUUGUUAUUAAAGAAGGAUAUACUAAUGUUGAGGAACAUCUAGCUGAUUGUUCAACUAUUAUAACAGUUCAAAAAAUUCAUAGAAUGUUUCCAUCAUUACGUGUUAUUACAGAAUUAACACAUGCAUCUAAUAUGAGAUUUAUGCAAUUUGAUGCAUAUAAUUUUUAUGCUCUACAACAAUCAAAAAUUGAAAAAAGAGAAAAAAAACGUGGUUCACAGAUGCCAUUUAUGUUUAGACUUCCAUUUGCACAAGGAAAUGUUUUUAGUGCAAAUAUGCUUGAUCGUUUACUUUAUCAAGCAUUAGUUAAAAAAUAUCUUAUAAAAUUUACAAGACUUUUACUUGGUAUUGAACAAACAACAGGUAGUGGAUAUUUAACAUCAUUUAUAAUAACUCAUGAAGAUUUAUGGAUAAAAAAUUAUGGAAGAUUAUUUCAAAAAUUAUGUUCAUCAUGUUCAGAUAUUCCAAUAGGAAUAUAUAGAACAAAAAAGAUGGAUUUAAAAGCAAUAAAUAUUCAGUUAGAAAAAAAUAAAUAUGAUGAAUUUUGUAGUAAAAAUGAUACAAAUCAAAAUAAUUUUUAUAGAGAAAAUUUAUCUCGUGUUGUGGCAGAGGGAAUGAAACAUCUUGGAAUUACCUGUGAUGAAUAUGAAUUUGGACAUGAAGAAAAAGAUAAAUUAAGUUAUGUAAUUAUUAAUCCAUCACAUGAUAUGGAAAUUGAAGAAGGUGAUAUAAUUUAUAUAAUUCGUGCCCCAGUAAAAGAAUCAGCCCCAUCCAAAAUAAUAAAUCCAAAAAGAGGUUUGAUAAAAAGGCCAACACAAUUAAGUAAAGAAAUAAAUGUUUUAUCAAACUAUGCUUCUCAAUAUAAUGAAGAAAAAAAAUAA